UUUUUUUCCUGAUGGACCCAAGCCCUAACUUGAUGACAAAGAAAAGAGGAAGGAGAAAAUGUAGCUACAAGAAAAUACAAAUAAAAGACAAAUUACGAAAGAGAAAACAAAGGUUGGCUAGACGUUUAUCAAGUAAAUUAGGAAUUACACAAGAAAUAGAACAUCUGCCCACCAGUGAAAUAGGAAUUACACAAGAAAUAGAGCAUUUAUCUACCAGUGAACUAGCAAUAACACAAGAAAGAGAGCAUUUAUCUACCAAUGAAAUAGGAAUUACACAAGAAAUAGAGCAUUUAUCUACCAGUGAAUUAGGAAUUACACAAGAAAGAGAACAUUUACCCACCAGUGAAAUAGGAAUUACACAAGAAAUAGAGCAUUUAUCUACCAGUGAAUUAGGAAUUGCACAAGAAAGAGAAAAUUUACCCACCAGUGAAUUAGGAAUUACACAAGAAAGAGAGCAUUUAUCUAACAGUGAACUAGAAAUUACAGAGAAAGAAAAAAAGAAAAAUAAGGUGUUCAGCCACUUGAGAGACAAAAUACAGAAGAGAAGAGAAAGAGACCGGGCUCGGUAUUUAUCAAAAAAAUUAGCAAGAGAAAAAGAGAAUAAGGAGAAGAGACAAGGAAUACAGUGGUCAUCUACUGGUGAUUCAACCAUGAAGGUCAAGAGACAGAGUCCUGCCACAAAAGCCAAGAAGAAUAAGGUCUAUAGAGCUACAGUCCUCAAGUCUAGGAUGGAGACAGCAAAAGCGAUACAGACCAAGGUACCAUGGCAGAACUGUGUAUUUUAAUACAAACAGUUUCAU